UCGAUAGUCGCGCUGAUUACGACGUCACGAUGUAAUUUUACAAGAAUUUGAUCCUUUUGCAACUGUAUUUUUUCGGCAACAUUUGGCAAAAUUUUUUAAUACCACGUGUUCGAUGAAAUCAACAAUGUGCACUUGCGAGCCGACUAAUGCCACGGAAGAGUAUUACACCGCAUAUUCCGACAUCGAAACAUCAACACCGGAAGAAUGGCGCACGUCGACGAUGGACUACGACGAGAGAGAAUUCGCGCCACCGGCUUUCUCGACUCCGAAAAGAACUCCCCGACGAGAUAUUCCACGUCCUAGUCCACGUGCUCCUUUGAGAACACGUAGACAAGAUCUCGUAGCUGGGGUGGCUAUUGUUCGACGACGAAUCGAUUUCGACGCUUCGUUGGAUGUCGAAACCGACGAUUUGGAAGAGGAAGAUCCGAGAGAAAUAUUAGAACGGUUGAAAGCAGCAGCGCCGCCGGCUCCCGCUGAAAGAUUGAGAUUCUCGAGGCCGAGGCAGCAUCCGGAAGCGAGAUACGCUUCUCAGUACGCGCCCAGAAUGACCAAGGUUACUCCUUGCGGGAAAUGCAUAAGAAUCUAAAAGGCGCGAAUCAAAGUAGCAACGGGACGUGAUCGAUCAAUUUGUACAAGUGUUGCAACAUCGAGCGAAGAAAUAUAUAUAUACCGGGAAAAAUCCUUGGAGCGCUGAAACAAAAAAAAACAAAAAAAAAAAAAAUACUCCACCGCGCGAGAGAUUGCAGCGUUUAAUUACGGCGAAAUAAACGUCGAAAUUCACGGCCGCGCGUUUUCACACACAACGGCGCGCACCAGCGCGGAGAUCAACCGGCGACGAGAGAAGGUGGCCCCCACGUGAUGCUGGACGUGAAAUCGUCCGUGUUUGAGAAUGUUUAAUGCAUGGACCGCGCGCGCGUCGUACCGUAGGUAGGUUGUCCGAUGUUUGUACGGCUGUGCUCCCAAGCACAGAUCCCGGAACCCCGAAGAUAUCGUAGAAGUACUGAGCAAACACUCCGUCUGACUGUUUCUCAAUCAGAGUCGCUUAUAUACGGAAGGCGUAGCGGUUAUAUAGCAGCGCUCGGUACACUCGGUGUUUUUCACGGUCAUAUUCCAACUCCAAGUGCGCAAUUUGUCAUCAUAUAAAGCACAUCGCUUUUUGAGUUUAUUCAAUUUUAAAUAAAGACUACAUAUAUCUCUCUGCGCGCGCGCGCGCGUCUCUUCUUUGAAAUAAAUUUAUCUAUCUGACAAUUGCGUUAAAAUCUACGUCUAUCUUAUAAUAAAAUAUUUUCACACUGUCA